AUGAUUCUUGAAAAAAUAGAAACCCGGACAGCUCGCGCUGGUGUUAUCGGGCUUGGAUAUGUCGGAUUACCGCUUACGGUUGCGAUCGCGAGUGCGGGGUUCCGAGUUACAGGCAUCGAUAUCUGUUCAGAAAAAAUAGCGCGAUUGAAACAGAGCAUCUCUGACAUCCCCGAUGUGACCAACGCAGUGCUCGCGCCCCUUAUUACGUCUGGGCAGAUUCAGGUGACAACAGACUUUUCUGUGCUCCGAGAAUUGGACACAGUUAAUAUCUGUGUGCCGACCCCUUUAGGUGAAAACCGGACCCCCGACAUGCGGUUUAUCAUCGCUGCAGUUCAGCAAGUUGCGCAAUACCUCCACCCCGAACAACUGAUCAUCCUCGAAAGCACCACCUACCCCGGCACUACCGAAGAAGUCGUGCUGCCAGAACUCAACACCCCGUCCAGCACCAUACAAGUAGGGCGCGAUUUCUAUCUUGCCUACUCACCGGAACGGAUUGAGCCGGGAAAUAGCACCUAUUUCAUGACAAAUACCCCUAAAAUUAUCGGGGGUGUUACACCGCAAUGCACCCACAUCGCGAAAACCUUCUACGCACAGUUCAUCAGUAAAACACACACAGUAUCUUCACCCCGAACAGCAGAAAUGGUGAAACUCUUAGAAAACACGUUUCGGAGUGUCAACAUCGGCUUAAUUAAUGAGGUUGCGCUUAUCUGUGACCGGAUGGAUCUGGACGUAUGGGAAAUCAUUGACGCGGCUGCUACAAAACCGUUCGGAUUUAUGCCGUUCUAUCCAGGUCCUGGGCUCGGUGGACACUGUAUCCCAAUUGACCCGCAUUAUCUCUCUUGGAAGGCACAGAUGUAUCAGUACCACGCUCGAUUUAUUGAGCUCGCGACCGAAAUUAACAAUGAAAUGCCGAAAUAUGUGUUAGACAAAAUCAUCCACGCCUUGAACCUUCAACGUAAACCACUGAAUGGAGCAAAAUUAUUAAUCUUAGGGGUCGCUUAUAAAAAGGACAUCGGAGACAUUCGCGAAUCGCCUGCGCUCGAAGUAAUUCGUUUAAUUCUUGACAAAAAAGCAGAAUUCCUAUAUCAUGACCCCUAUAUAAAAAACCUGUCUCUUGAUGAAAGAGAAACCUAUUACUCAGAACCUCUAACAGUAGACCUGGUAGAAAGUGUUGAUUGUGUUGUCAUCCUAACCGACCACGGUGCUAUAGACUACGACUGGCUCGUCGAGCAUGCCCAACGGGUUGUUGACACACGCAACGCAACGCGCAGUGUGAAGAAAGGACAAGAAAAAAUCACCAAAAUUUAA